AUGAACCUAUUUAGUAUUAUUGAACGAACAUAUGGGCGCCCCGCCCUAAAGUUGACUCGAAGAUACGAACGAUGUAGUAAAAAGAUAGCUCGAUUUUCCAACCACUUGACCUUUCUUGUGCGUUGCAUUAAAGCGUCAGUGGUUCCCAAAGACCUGCGGGUCAAGCCUCCUAUGAACACCAAAGGAGCAAGAAAGGUAGCAGAAACGGCCGCCCUCCCUUUUCUGAAAGAACGCAUCUUUCUCACUAGAUGCACGAUUGAUUCGGCUAAGACGGAAUACGAAACUUUAAAAGCCGAUAUCAAAGAGACUAUGCAAGCCCAACAUAGUACAGACAUUCUGAAGGUUAAUGAAAAUAUCUACGCAGAUGUUUUCGCUAAAUGCAAGAAAAGGCAACAGGCUAAAUUUGAAAAGUUGAUACAACCCAAAUCGAAGAAGGUCACCGCCUCAUUAGCGAAUGAGGAUAAAUGGGUUGUUAACCUAUCCUCGAGACAGAUCACCUCCACCGAGGAGCAAUUGCUUAAGAAAGGCCUCGCCUUUGCCGUGUCGCCCCCAAAAUUGCCCAUUACCGAGAUUGUAGCUAAGGUUGAAACCGCGGUCAAGUUUAUUGAUCCAGUUUCGGCCGAUGCCGCACGAAAAGAUGUAGAUUCCAUUCUACAGAGAGCACGUCCUCCGAAACCGAAUACCACAAGAGAGAUGCGUGAUGCUCUUAAGACACUCAAGAAUGAUGAUAGCAUCACAAUCCUCCCUGCGGAUAAGGGUAGUGCCACAAUCAUUUUAGAUAGUACCGCCUACGAAGACAAAAUGACCGAGCUUCUGAGCUCUGGUCCGUAUAAAAUGCUAAAGAAAGACCCCACAGAUCGAAUGUGUCGCAAACUGACCAGUACGUUACUGGCACUAAAGAAAGACAAAGUUCUAGAUGAGGCUACAUACAAAAAGAUAAAGCCGUAA